CAAAGUACAAGGUCCUCUGUUCCAGCCAGCGACGCUGCGUGAGCCGCCACACGUAGCCGCAGACAGCUCCCUAAAUAGGGUCCGACCUGAGCACACAUCCCAGACGUGGGGCCGGGGGGCCAGCGCCGGCGACCGCAGCGGCGGCGGGUCAGCGGGCGGCCAAUAGCCAGGGCGCGGCCCGCCCUGUCGCCUCCCCCUCGGGGAGUCUAUAAGGCCCCGGCGCCCGCGGCUGCGCGCCUCCGCCUCGUCCGGCCCCGUCCGCUCGCUUCCCGCCUGGGCUGCGGCCGCCGCGCGUGCUCCUCUCGCCCGACCGCUCCGGUCCGCAAUCGCCAACCUCGGACUGGCCAGGGGGUCGCUGGGUUCUCGCGAGAAGUGCGCGGCUGCGGGGCCGAGGGGGUGCGGGAGCCGGCGCGGGCCCUCCAGGGGCGGAAGAUGGGGAGGUGCGCCGGGAAGCCCCAGCUGCUGCUGCUGCUGCUGGCGCUUGUCCUCCACCCCUGGAGUCCUUGCCUUGGUGCCAACUCCGAGGAGCCCGCCAGCAUCCCGGCAGAUAAAUUGUUAGUCAUAACUGUAGCAACAAAAGAAAGUGACGGAUUUCACCGGUUUAUGCAGUCAGCCAAAUACUUCAAUUAUACCGUGAAGGUCCUUGGUGAAGGAGAAGAGUGGAGAGGGGGAGAUGGAAUUAAUAGUAUUGGAGGGGGCCAGAAAGUGAGAUUAAUGAAAGAAGUCAUGGAACAUUACGCCAGUCAAGAUGAUCUGGUCAUCCUGUUCACUGAAUGCUUUGAUGUUAUAUUUGCUGGUGGUCCAGAAGAAGUUCUAAAAAAGUUUCAAAAGACAAACCACAAGGUCGUCUUUGCAGCAGAUGGAAUUCUGUGGCCGGAUAAGAGGCUGGCAGACAAGUAUCCCGUUGUGCACAUUGGGAAGCGCUACAUUAAUGCUGGAGGUGGGAUUCAUGGCUAUGCUCCAUCCAUCAACCGAAUAGUUCAACAGUGGAAUCUCCAGGAUAACGAUGAUGAUCAGCUCUUUUACACAAAAAUCUACAUCGAUCCACUGAAAAGGGAAGCUUUUAACAUCACGUUGGAUCAUAAGUGCAAAAUUUUCCAGCCUUAAAUGGAGCUGUAGAUGAAGUUGUUUUUAAAAUUUGAAAAUGGCAAAUCCAGAGUGAAGAAUACAUUUUAUGAAACAUUACCAGCGGUGAUUAACGGAAACGGACCCCACCAAGUAACUAAAAUCCUCCUGAAUUAUUUUGGAAACUAUGUUCCUAAUUCAUGGACACAGGAUAAUGGCUGUACUCUUUGUGAACUUGAUACAAUUGACUUAUCUGCAGUAGAUGUCCAUCCAAAUGUAACAGUAGGUGUCUUUAUUGAGCAACCAACUCCUUUCCUACCUCGAUUUCUGGACAUAUUGUUGACACUGGAUUACCCAAAAGAAGCACUUAAACUCUUCAUUCAUAACAAAGAAGUUUAUCAUGAAAAGGACAUCAAGGUGUUUUUCGAUAAAGCAAAACACGAAAUCAACACUAUAAAAAUAGUAGGACCAGAAGAAAAUCUAAGUCAAGCUGAAGCCAGAAACAUGGGAAUGGAUUUUUGCCGUCAGGAUGAAAAGUGUGAUUAUUACUUUAGUUUGGAUGCAGAUGUUGUUUUGACAAAUCCAAAGACUUUACAGAUUUUGAUUGAACAAAACAGAAAGAUCAUCGCUCCGCUGGUAACUCGUCAUGGAAAGCUGUGGUCCAACUUCUGGGGAGCUUUGAGUCCUGAUGGGUAUUAUGCCCGAUCUGAGGAUUACGUGGACAUUGUUCAAGGGAAUAGAGUAGGAAUAUGGAAUGUCCCAUACAUGGCUAACGUGUACUUAAUUAAAGGAAAAACACUCCGUUCAGAGAUGAAUGAAAGGAACUAUUUUGUUCGUGAUAAAUUGGAUCCUGAUAUGGCUCUUUGCCGAAACGCUAGAGAAAUGACUUUACAAAGGGAAAAAGACUCCCCUACUCCGGAAACAUUCCAAAUGCUCAGCCCCCCAAAGGGUGUGUUUAUGUACAUUUCUAAUAGACAUGAAUUUGGACGACUGUUAUCUACUGCUAAUUACAAUACUUCCCAUUAUCACAAUGACCUCUGGCAGAUUUUUGAAAAUCCUGUGGACUGGAAGGAGAAGUAUAUAAACCGUGAAUAUCCAAAAAUUUUCACAGAAAAUAUAGUUGAGCAGCCUUGUCCAGAUGUCUUUUGGUUCCCCAUAUUUUCUGAAAAAGCCUGUGAUGAGUUGGUGGAAGAAAUGGAGCACUAUGGCCAGUGGUCUGGGGGAAAGCAUCAUGAUAGCCGUAUAUCUGGUGGUUAUGAAAAUGUCCCGACCGACGAUAUCCACAUGAAGCAAAUUGAUCUGGAGAAUGUGUGGCUUCAUUUUAUCCGGGAGUUUAUUGCACCGGUUACACUGAAGGUCUUUGCAGGCUAUUAUACAAGGGGGUUUGCACUAUUGAAUUUCGUAGUGAAAUACUCCCCGGAUAGACAGCGGUCUCUCCGCCCUCAUCACGACGCCUCAACAUUUACUAUUAACAUUGCUCUCAAUAAUGUGGGAGAAGAUUUUCAGGGAGGUGGAUGCAAAUUUCUAAGAUACAAUUGCUCUAUUGAAUCCCCGAGAAAGGGCUGGAGCUUCAUGCAUCCUGGGAGGCUCACACAUUUGCAUGAAGGACUUCCUGUUAAAAAUGGAACAAGAUACAUCGCAGUGUCAUUUAUAGAUCCCUAAGUUAUUUACUUUUCAUUGAAUUGAAUUUUCUUCUGGAAUGGAUGACUGGCACAAACACACCUUUGAAGUUGUGCUUGAGAAGAUGAGAGGAAUAUUUAAAUAACUUCAACAGAACAACUUCACUUUGGGCCAAACAUUCAAAAAACUUCUUACACAGAGUUCUUUUUACAAAAAGUUCUUAAUGUCUGCUCUGAGCCUUAAGACACAGGUUGAAGAAGAAAAGACAGAAAAAAAGUUAAAGAAAAUAUUUAUUUCUAUGCUUCACUGUCUCUGAGAAUAAGGACAAUUUUCUGAAUUUGUAUUUCAAGUUGAUAAAAUAUUCAGGUACAAAUGUACAAGUAACAAAUAAGCCUAAUAAUGUUUUCUUAUUUAAGAAGAGCCUGAGAAGAAUUUUAUUUAUCAACACGUAGGGGAAAUGUAGAACAAACGGUAUAAAUGAAAAUUGGCAAGUUUUGAAAUCUGGAAAAUCUGAAUCUAACUGAAUUUGUGUGCAAUUAUGUAAGUACUUUCUUGAUCACCUAUGCGGGUCCCUUCUGUAGAAGUUACUGGGAUGAUACAAGGAAAAUAUCAGUGUUUUCCUCAAGAAACAGUGCAAAUGCAACCCAAGAGCAAAUCCAUUGGAAACAUUGUUGUCUAGAGCGUUAGAUGACUUGACAUUUGUAUUAGAAACCCGUGAACCCCGUGUUCCUUCCUACGGACCAGCUAAAGUGGGCAAUAUUAAGUAGACACCGAAUCUAGGAAAACUUCCCAGUUUUUGUGUUCCUUAAGUACAUAAAGUAUCAACUUAAAAUCCGCAAGUGUCCUUAUGUCAAAACAGGGUUUUUGUCAGUUUCAUUUUUUUUUUAAUUGUGGAAAAUGGUAAUGAAAAAGAAAAUUUUUGUUGAGACUAGUACAUUUUAUGAUUUUUAUAAACCUUUUUAAGUACUUGAAUUUUUUAUCAGGAAAAUAAAGUUGUUGAGCCUUGUUUCUUCCUUU